AUGCCGACCAUCACCGUCAACAAGUACGACCUGUACAAGGCCUUGGGACAGAACUUCACCACAGAGGAGUUCGAGGACCUCUGCUUCGAGUUCGGCAUUGAGCUUGACGAGGAUACCGAAAAUGACGACCGACCUAUUGUCGAUGGCGUCCAGGCACCCCCCGAGUUGAAGAUCGAGAUCCCCGCCAACCGCUACGACAUGCUGUGUUUUGAGGGUAUUGCGCUCAUGCUGAAUAUCUUCCGGGAGAAGACGCCCUCCCCAAACUACAAGCUCGUGGAACCCAAGAACCCCGAACUCUCCGUCAUCAGUGUGCACCCAGACACCGCCAAGGUCCGCCCUCUCGUCGCCGGCGCCAUCCUGAGGAACAUCAACUUCACCCAGGAGAGCUACAACUCCUUCAUUUCCCUGCAAGAUAAGCUGCACAUGAACCUCGCGAGGCAAAGGACGUUGGUCUCUAUCGGCACCCACGAUCUCGACACGAUAGAAGGUCCCUUCACGUACGAGGCGCUGCCUCCCAAGGACAUCAAGUUCAAGCCCCUGAACCAGACCAAGGAGAUGGACGGCGAAGAGCUGAUGAAGUUCUACGAGGCGGACAAGCACCUCGGCAAAUAUCUUCACAUCAUUCGCGACGCGCCCGUGUACCCCGUCAUCUUCGACAAGAACCGCACCGUCUGCUCGUUGCCACCCAUCAUCAACGGCGAUCACUCCAAGAUCACCGUCAACACCAAGAACGUCUUCAUCGAGAUCACCGCCACCGAUGCCACCAAGCUGCAGGUCGUCUGCGACAUGAUGGUGACCAUGUUCUCCGGAAACUGCGCCGAGCCCUUCACCGUCGAGCCCGUCAAGAUUGUCUCAGACCACAACCAGCAGACGAGGACGACGCCUUCUCUCGCCCUGAGGACUAUGGACGUUGAGAUUGACUACCUCAACGCCUGCACCGGUCUCAACGAGGCCCCCGAGAAGCUGUGCCAGCUGCUCUCCAAGAUGGCCUACAUCGCCAAGCCUUCGUCCAAGGACAGCAACAUUCUCGAGGUCUCCAUCCCCGUGACCCGCGCCGACGUGCUGCACCAGUGCGACGUCAUGGAGGACCUCGCCAUCUGCCACGGCUACAACAACCUGCCCCGAUCCACCCCCAACAAGAGCGCCACCAUUGGCGCGCCCCUCCCCAUCAACAAGCUCAGCGACAUCAUCCGUACCGAGGCCGCCAUGUCCGGCUGGAGCGAGGUCAUGCCCCUCAUCCUCUGCGCCCACGACGAGAACUUUGCCUGGCUCAACCGCAAGGACGACGGCACAACAGCCGUCCGCCUCGCCAACCCCAAGACCGCCGAGUACCAGGUCGUCCGCACCACCCUCCUCCCCGGCCUCCUCAAGACGAUUCGCGAGAACAAGGGCCACAGCGUGCCCCUCAAGAUCUUCGAGGUCGCCGACGUCGUCUUCAAGGACGAGACGCAGGAGCGCAGGGCCCGCAACGAGCGCCACUUUGCUGCCGCCUGGUACGGCAAGACGUCGGGCUUCGAGGUGGUCCACGGCCUCCUCGACCGCGUCCUCCUCAUGCUGCGCACCGCCUUUGCCGCCCGCGAGGAGGGCCUCGCUGCCAAGAAGGGUGUCGAUCCCACCCCGCAGGACGGCUACUGGAUCGAGGAGGUCGACGAGCCCACCUUCUUCGCCGGCCACGCCGCUGGCGUCUACCUCCGUGUCGGCGGCAAGGAGCACCGCAUUGGCGAGUUUGGCAUCCUGCACCCGACCGUGCUGGACAAGUUUGACCUGAAAUACCCCGUGAGCACACUUGAGAUCAACCUCGAGGUCUUCCUGUAG